UUGAUCACUAAAACCUCAGCCAAACAUUCCAUGCAAGUAGGGUGUCUCACUAUCUUGGUUUCCCAUAGUCAACAACAUAGCACCAAUCAUUUUCUGUCUAAGAAUGGCUCCUAGGAAGGAAGUAUUUGAGGGAGUGGAAUGGAGGAUAAGGGUGGCUGCUGAUGGCUCAUCAGAGGCAUUGGUUCCCGCUACUGGGCUUGCAAGAAAGGCCUGGCUUGGAAUAAAAGGUCUAAUUUCAGGUUUUGCUUUGAAAGUGAGGAUGUUUGUGAAGAAAGCAUGGGACGUGGGGACUAAUGAUCCUAGAAAAGUGAUCCAUUGCAUUAAAGUAGGACUGGCACUCGCAAUUGUAUCAUUGUUCUACUUCAUGAGGCCUUUGUAUGAUGGUGUUGGAGGCAAUGCUAUGUGGGCUGUUAUGACAGUUGUGGUAGUAUUUGAGCCAACUGUUGGAGCAACCCUAUCCAAAUGUUUCAACAGAGUUUUAGGGACCUUUCUAGCCGGAUUUCUUGCGGUUGGGGUACACUGGGUCGCCAGUCAGUCAGGAGAAAGAGUUGAGCCCUUUGUUGUGGGAGCCUCAGUUUUCCUAUUAGCUUCGGCAGCAACCUUCUCUCGACUUAUUCCAUCAGUAAAGUCCCGGUUUGAUUAUGGUGCCCUGAUCUUCAUACUCACCUUCAGCUUCGUUGCAGUAUCAGGCUAUAGAGUGGAUAAAUUGUUUGAGCUGGCCCAUCAUAGAAUAUCCACCAUUAUCAUUGGAUCUUCCUUGUGCAUACUUGUAAUCAUGCUUGUCUGCCCCAUUUGGUCUGGUCAGGAGCUCCAUAGCCUGAUAGUUCGUAACAUGGACAAACUCGCAGAUUCCCUGGACGGUUGUGUAACACAGUAUUUUAAUCAGAGUGGGGAAGGCACCAACAGCAAGGAAGAGGCUACUGAUAAUAAAUUGCAAGGCUACAAGUGCGUGCUAAGCUCCAAGGCAUCCGAAGAAUCUAUGGCAAAUUUUGGUAGGUGGGAGCCUUCCCAUGGCCAGUUCAACUUCCGUCAUCCGUGGAAACAAUACCUAAAAAUCGGUGCAUCCAUGCGCAGUUGUGCUUACUGCAUAGAGGCUCUCAACAGUUGCAUAAAAUCAGAAAAUCAGGCAGCUAAAUUAAUAAAGCAGCAUCUUGGCAGUGGUUGCUUGAAAGUGAGCUCUAGCUCUUCAAAUGUCAUAAGGGAGCUUGCAGAAACGGUGAAGACGAUGAAGAAGAAAUCAUCAACGACAGAUUUGUUGGCGGAGGAAAUGAAGAGCGCAGUGCAAGGGCUCCAGAAUGACUUAAAAAAGAUUCCUCAUUUGCUGAAUCCAUCAGCAAUACCGGGAAACAAAACUUUAGAGACAGCCUGCUCGGAAGCAACAACACCCACAGUCACUCUGAUGGAACUCGUACCAGUGGUGACUUUGGCUUCUAUACUGAUUGAAAUUUCUGGGCGGAUUGAAGCCCUAUUUGACGCUGUGGAAGAACUAGCCAAGCUAGCUGAUUUCGGAAUCAAUGAUGACAAGUCCAAGCACAGCAAAAUGACUGAUAAAACUGUAUCAGAUGCAAAGCAGCAAACUGAGGGAACCAUGAAGGCUCUUCAAAGGGUCUGAGUCCCUCCCUUCCACUCUACUUGUUUUCUUGUUUCUGAAAAUGAAUUAAUUUCACAGGUAGAGUAAGGAAGAACAAAGCUAAACAAAGACAUGAAUUACGUAAUAGGUAUAGUACGAAAUUGAUCUCUAUUACCAACCAAUUAAACUAAACCUACCUUUCGCGCAUAUCUUAUCCAACCAAAACAGGAGAACCAAAUUUCCCUCACCAAUAUCUGUGGUAUCAAAGCAUAUGGUAUUUAAUUUUUCAAGACCUUCCAUUUAUUUACAGAAUUAAAAGAUAUACACGCAUUAUUAGCUUCUUUCUCUGCAAAUUGGUUAAAGCUUGAAUAGCAUUUGAAAAGUUUUUAUAUGAUGAAGAACGGAAGUCAGUUUCAAUAAAGUUAAAUACUUAUUUCCUUCCAACAGCAGCGUCGUUGUAGUAUAGUGGUAAGUAUUCCCGCCUGUCACGCGGGUGACCCGGGUUCGAUCCCCGGCAACGGCGUUAUGAUUUUUUCCUCUCUGCCAGAAGACAUAUAAAAAAUGGCGUCGCCCGGACUCGAACCGGAGACCUUCAGUGUGUUAGACUGACGUGAUAACCAACUACACCACGACACCAAGUUAGAAUGCCCUUUUAUUUGUAUUAUAAACUUAAAAUGUAGAAUCUGAUAUUGUGAAUAGAAAUUUUUUCCACUUGGAUUUACUUAUAAUUACAGCAUUUAGAGAUUGUCUCCUA